UCUUUCCCUCUUCUCAUCAUCGUUUCUAAUGAAGUAGGGUUAGGGUUAGGGUUUCGGAUUGAACGGGAGAAGAGUUCGAGGAUUGAUCCAUGGUGUUGAGAAUUGAGGGAGACAAAGAUGGCGAGGAGAUCAGGGAAGAAGAUUGCCUGUGGCUCUUGCUUCUCCAGGAGGCAAAGAGCGGCCAAGCGGAUCGAGAUGCUACCAAUUGUUGCAUCGCCGACUAACCCUAACCCUAACCCUAGCCCUAGUCCCUUGAAUCCGUCCAAGAACCAUGGCAAUUCGGCUCCGGCGAAGGCCGGGAAGAAGAAGACUGGUUCUAGGCUUUGGAUGCGGUUUGAUCGGACGGGGAAUUCGGACGUCGUGGAGUGGGACAAAAGUGCGAUUCUGAAAAGAGUCUCGAUCCCUGCCAGGGAUCUCAGGAUUCUUGGCCCUGUGUUCUCUCAAUCUUCUAACAUUCUCGCGAGGGAUAAAGCUAUGGUUGUUAAUCUAGAGUUCAUAAAGGCCAUUGUUACUGCUGAUGAAGUGCUCCUACUGGAUCCACUUUCUCAGGAGGUUAUUCCGUUUGUGGAUCAACUGAAGCAACAGCUAUCUUCAAAGAGUCCAUUUAGAAUUCAUGAGACCGGACAUGAAGCAGUACAAGCCAAAGGAUUGUCUUUGACUGGCGGACAGUGGCUUGCUGCUAAUGAGGCCGCUGAAGGUGAAACUGAACUUCCAUUUGAGUUUCAGAUUCUGGAGAUUGCACUGGAAUCUGUAUGCUCGUAUUUGGACUCUAAUGUUGCUGAUCUUGAGAGGGAUGCAUAUCCUAUUCUGGAUGAAUUGGCUAUGAAUGUUAGCACAAAGAAUCUUGAGCGUGUGAGGAGUUUAAAAAGCAAUCUAACUCGUUUGCUUGCUCGCGUUCAGAAGGUCAGAGAUGAAAUUGAACAUCUCUUGGAUGAUAAUGAAGACAUGGCACAUUUAUAUUUAACUAGGAAGCAGAUGCAGUGUCAACAGUUUGAAGCCCUGAUGGCAUCCGCUGCUUCAAACAACAUUGUUGUCCCUGCAGUUCCCCACAUGUCGAGGCUCAACUCUAAUGCCCACGGCAGUGCAAGCAUUGUGACCAGUAUCUACUCUGAUGAUAAUGACGUGGAGGAUCUGGAGAUGUUGCUCGAGGCUUAUUUCAUGCAGCUAGAUGGCACCCGCAACAAAAUUUUGUCGGUGCGGGAAUACAUCGAUGACACCGAAGACUACGUCAAUAUCCAGCUUGACAACCAGCGUAACGAACUCAUCCAGCUUCAGCUGAUAUUAACAAUAGCAUCAUUUGCCAUUGCAAUAAACACCUUAAUAGUCGGAAUCUUCGCCAUGAAUAUACCAUGCAAUUUAUAUUAUGUGCAAAACUUUUUCGAGCCCUUCGUUGGGGGCACAUCGGCAGGCUGUUUCUUGAUCUUUUUGCUCAUGCUAGGCUAUGCAAGAUGGAAGAAAUUGCUCGGUCCGUAAAUGUAUAUCUAUAUACAUAUAUACAUAUGUUGUGUGUUGUGUGAUUUCUGAAAUAAGUUUGAAGUGAAUGUAAUUUGGAUCAGUUAUAUGUUAAGGCUGAAGUGUUUGUUGUAGAUGUUCUUGUUAUUCAGGGAUGCAAAAUUUUCCACCUGAAUUUUAUUAACCAUGCAUGUUAACUUGUGUAAUAACAACCGUUUGCAUACCCAAAAGGGAAUAAACAAAGUAAAUUUCUUCUU